AUGCCUUUCACUGCCUCUGACAUCUGCAAGAUCAUCUUCGCCAUCAUCCUGCCUCCUCUGGGUGUCUUCCUGGAGCGCGGAUGUGGUGCUGACUUACUGAUCAACAUCUGUUUGACCAUCCUUGGUUGGAUUCCUGGUGUUAUCCACGCCUUCUACAUCAUUUUCAAAUACUAG